CUUCUCGCAAACGCAACAUUGUUCAGUGCACGUGAUUUGUCAUGUGACAGAGCGCGGGAAGUGCACGAGUGAAAUCAGCCAUUGCUGGGAUGAACUGGGAGGCUGACAACAUCAGCUAAAAGCAUGUCUGGACGCGGUAAAGGCGGCAAGAUCAAAGCCAGCAAGUCCAAGAGUAGAUCUACCCGUGCCGGACUCCAAUUCCCCGUGGGACGACUUCAUCGGCUACUCAGGAAGGGGAACUAUGCAGAACGAAUAGGCGCAGGUGCUCCUGUAUACAUGGCGGCUGUGCUAGAAUACCUAGCGGCAGAGGUUCUAGAACUGGCGGGAAAUGCCGCGAGGGAUAACAAGAAGGCUAGGAUCGUCCCUCGUCACAUACAGCUGGCGAUCAGAAACGAUGACGAACUAAACAAACUCUUGAGUGGAGUCACGAUAUCCGAGGGCGGCGUUCUCCCCAAUAUUCAACAGGCAUUGCUUCCGAAGAAGUCCAGCAAAGCAAGUGCCGCGGCGUCCUCCCAGUCCCAAGAGUUCUGAACUGUAUGUUUGUGGUUAGCUCCCUUGUGGGCCGAAGUUGUCUCCCUUGUGGACCUAAGUUGUCUCCCUUGUGGACCUAAGUGUGGACCUAAGUUGUCUCCCUUGUGGACCUAAGUUGUCUCCCUUGUGGACCUAAGUUGUCUCCCUUGUGGACCUAAGUUGUCUCC